AUGAAUAUAAUGGAAAAUGCUGAAAAAGAAUGUGCCAUACUUGGCUCAUUAUUUCAAGGAAUUGUUAAUGAAAUGAAGAACAGUUCAACAUUAUGGGAAGAUUUAGUGUCAAAAGCAAACAAAAUGCAUCUUCAACUUAAAUCAACAAUUAUGACUUUCGGUCUUUUUCUUGAUGCUUUUCAACGUAUUGCUGAUUUAGCAACAAAUACAAAAGGUGCAACAAAAGAUAUUGGUACAGCCUUAACACGUAUAAUUUUACGUCAUAAAUCAAUUGAACAAAAAUUAAAAUGUUUUACAAAUUCAUUUAUUGAAACAUUUAUUCAACCAUUAAAUGAUUGUAUUGAAGAAUGGAAAAAAUCUGCAAAUAUAUUAGAUAAAGAUCAUGCAAAAGGUCUCAAAGAUUAUAAAAAAUUACGUAAUGAACUACGUAAGAAAGCAUCGGAAACAAUUAAAUUACAAAAAAAAUGUAAAAAAUUGCCGAAACAUGAUAUUCUUCAUAAUAAAUUACAUUCAGCAAUACAAGAAGUAUCAAAUUAUUAUGGAAUGUUAGAAGAACGUGAAAAACAAGCACUUCGAUCAGCUAUGAUGGAAGAACGUAGUCAUUUUUGUACAUUAUUUACUUUAUUAAAACCAGCUAUGGAACUUGAAAUUUCACUUGCAUCUGAUAUGAGUCAUAUUGAAGAUCUUGUACAAUGUUUAAAUAAACAUACAAGUGAUCCACAUUGUUUACCAUUAUCUAGUGAACAAGUUAUUAAAGAUAUAAAAGGAAUUGAUUAUAGUACUAUUGUAGCAUUUAAAACUCCACCUUCAUCACCUGGUUCAUUAAGUUCACGUAAAUCAAGUGUUUGUUCAAUAAAUAGUAUCAGUAGUUCAUCAUCAAAUUCAACAAAUAAUUCACGAAGUCCAAAUCAUAAACAACAUCAAUCACAAAUACCUUUACCAAUUCAACAUCAAUUUUAUCAUUCAAAUACAAAUCGAACAUUAUCAAUGCCUUCAAAUGUAGCAGUGAGUCGUAUAUCAAGUAUUUCAUCACAAGAUUCAGGUUUUACAUCUCAAGAACAGUUUUUUGCUCGACCUCCAUCACCAUUAGAAGAAGCUGAACGUGAAGUUGAUGGAAGUACAAGUCCAUUAUUAGUUGUUUGUUCUACAUUAAAUGCUUGGGCUAAACGACCUGAAAUUCCAUCAAAUUGUAAACUUCCAGCAACAGUAACUGGUGCACCAGAACCAAUGAAAAAUUGUCGACCAGCAAUCACGGCACAUACAUUUGAUCCUCCACCAGCUAGUUUAUUUGAAAAACCAAAUUGGCAAAUAAAUGAAGAUACAAAUUCACGAACAUCAACUAUAUCUGAUAAUAAUAAUACAUUAUCUCGUCAACAUUCAGUUCCUUCACGUCGUUAUCGAAUGCAUGAUCUUAAUCUUGAAAGACAUUCACCAAUGAAAGAACAAUUAACAAUAAAUCAUAUUAAUAAUGGACGUGUUUGUUCAAUUCAAUCAUCAACUAUACCACAAGAAUAUUAUGGAACUAUUAUUGAACAACAUAAUUCAGGAGACAUCAAUCAAUGUCUUCGAAAUGGUUCAUUACCAUCGGAAACCCUGGUAUCUAAUACACGAGCAAUUGUAUGGCGUGAUCGUUUACGUCAAAAUGGUAAUUGUACUUACAAUAUUUCUGAUGGUAGACCAUCAUUUGAAUCUGCUGAUGAAACACUUGAUGAAAUGUAUGAUUAUUUAACAAAAAGCAUUCAUUCAUCUAAUCAACAACAACAACAAAAAAAUGAAAUACUUCGUCGUGGUACGUUAAUAACUUCAAAUCAUAAUGAAAAACCUAUACCACCAAUACGUCGUACACCAUCAAUGAAUACAAAUAUUCAACAAACAAAUAAUACAUGUGUUAAAGUUCGUUUAAAAUGUGUUCAAGAAAUAAUUCAAUCAAAUACUAAUGAUGAUUUUCCUCCACCACCAGAAUUUCUUUUAUCUAAUGAUUUAAAAUCAGAAAAAUUAUCAGUAACAACCGCUCAUUCAUCAUUACUUGAAGAAAUUCAACGUGGUAGUUUUAAAUUACGUAAAACGGCGAUUAAUCAAGAUAGAUCAGCUCCACGUAUCAAAUAA